AUUAUGACAUAAGUAUUACAAUUAUUUGGGAAAUGAUACAUUUUUCUCAUGUAAAUGAUACAUGAAAGCAAAUUUUAAAUAAUUGCCACUGCAUAUAAAUUUAUAGAAUUAAAGUAACUAAAAAGUUAUCAACGUGUUUCUGAAAAAGGUAGAUUAAAAUUGAAAUUCAAAUAUGUAUCCUACUCCCUACACGUGAGGAAAUGAAUGGAUAUAGAGUAUGGAAGGGGGCGAAGUAUUUUUAAAUCCCGCCAAUCGGCCAAUGUCACUUCCACGGCUGUAUGAUACAGCCUGUAUCCUGCGGUGCCUGUAGCGACGUGUUAAAAACAUAACGGGAUAUAGUAGAUUUUGAUAACCACCAAAAAUGGACAAAGACGACUCUUCUUUGUCGUGUGCAACAAUAUUAGAAUGGGUGGACGCACAGGGAUCAACUACUAGAAAAAUCAAUCAUCGAUUGGCCACUUCUCGUGUAGUUAGAAAUAAUCUUAGACAUUUACUUAUUGAAGUGAAGGGAGAAAAAGCUAGUAGUGCAGUGAAAUUACAUUUGCAAAAGUUUAAAGUAUUUAACAAAUUUAUGACAGAAGGAAAAGCUUCUAUAUCAUUUCAACUUGAUAAUUGCACUAUUUAUUAUUCAAAUGCUCCUCCUUCAAAAUUAAUUAACUUUUUGAAAACCAUAUAUAUUAAAACAACUGGUGGUGAUGAAAAUCAAAAAGUCAUUAAAAAUCCUCUUAGAGAAAAAAUUAUUGGCAAUCUUGGAGCAACUGAAGAUAUUAGUCCAGCUACAACUGCAGAAAUCAAUAGAGCAAAAGAGAAAGCAGGUAUCAGUCGAGCAACAUUGACAACACCUUCACCUUCAACACUAAAAAAAAGGAAACGCGAAGAUGACAAUAUCAUUAGUCCCAAUUCUAUUAAAACUCCAAAAGCCAAAGGUAGGCUAUUCAAUAAUCCAACUAUUGGAGAAAUGACUGCAGAGCAAUCUCAAGUUUUAGAAUAUGUUUUAAAUGGUAAAAGUAUAUUUUUUACUGGAAGUGCUGGUACAGGAAAGUCAUUUCUUUUGAGAAAAAUAAUUGCUGCAUUACCACCUGAUGUGACCAUAGCCACUGCUAGUACUGGAGUAGCUGCUUGCCACAUUGGUGGAAUAACAUUACAUCAAUUUGCAGGUAUAGGUUUAGGAACUGGAACGAUGGAAAAAUGUAAAAAGAUGGUUGCAAAAUCAGCAGCUGGUACUAUUUGGAGAAAAACCAAACAUUUGAUUAUUGAUGAAAUUUCUAUGGUCGAUGGUGACUAUUUUGAUAAAAUUGAAGCUAUUGCCAGAUUUGUAAGAAAUAGUGAAAAACCAUUUGGUGGUAUUCAGUUGAUUUUGUGUGGAGAUUUUUUCCAAUUGCCUCCAGUAUCCAAAAGAGAUGAACAAUCAAAGUUUUGUUUUCAAAGCAAAGCAUGGGCAAGCUGUAUUCAAAUGAAUUUUGAACUUAAAAAAGUACAUCGACAAACUGAUCCUCAAUUUAUUAGCAUUUUGAAUCAACUAAGAAUGGGGCAAGUUACAGAUGAAACUACUAAAAUUCUGCAAGAAACUUCUAGACAAACAAUUGAAACAAAAGGUAUUUUAGCAACAAGACUAUGUUCUCAUGUGAAUGAGGCAAAUGAAAUCAAUGAAACUCAAUUAGAGAAAUUAUCUGGUGUCUCUAAGACAUAUAUGGCAGAAGAUUCAGAUGAAUCCUUGACAAGAUCACUAGAUCAACAAUUGACAGUUCCAAAUAAACUUGUAUUAAAAGUAGGGGCACAAGUAAUGUUAUUGAAAAAUAUUAGUCUAAGUGCAGGGCUUGUCAACGGAGCAAGAGGUGUUGUAGUUAAAUUUGAAAAUGAUCUUCCAGUUAUUCAAUUUCGUACUGCUGGUACAUAUACAGCAAAAAUAGAAAAAUGGAGUAUCAAAACUGCUGGAGGAGCCGUAGUAUAUAGGAAACAAUUGCCUCUAAAACUGGCAUGGGCCUUUUCUAUCCACAAAAGUCAAGGUUUAACUUUGGAUUGUGUAGAAAUGAGUCUUACUAGAGUUUUUGAUGCUGGGCAAGCUUAUGUAGCACUAUCAAGAGCCCAAAGUUUAAAAACUUUGAGAGUCUUAGAUUUUAAUUCCCAACAAGUAUGGGCAAAUAAAGAUGUAUUAAAUUUCUAUAGAAGAUUUAGAAUGAAUUUGCAACAAAUGGAAAUAGUUCCUUUAGGAAAGAAAAAACGGAAAAGUUAAAUCAUACUUUAAAAAUAGAAAAAAUUACCUAAUAGUACAGUGAAGUAUUAUUUCAUGUUUAUACUUUAAUUGUUAGUAUUAUAAAUUCAUCCAUAUUUAUUCACUGUGUAUUAUUUUAAGUCAAUCAACAGUGUUAUAUUUUAGCUCCUUUUGACAUACCUAGUGUUUUUCUAAGGCUAUUAGAUAGUAUAAGUUGUUUAUUAAAUUUAAAAAUACCCUAACGUAACAAAAUUGUAUGUUUCUUGUAAUUUGAGUAAAAAUAUCAUUAAUGAUCUUCUGUCUUCUUAAAUAAAAGUAAACCUUUGGAAAUGUCUUAAUCUGAAGCGCUGGUCGCUGCUCUAUGAAUAUUAGUAUUAAUUUCUUAGAAUUUCAGACUGAUUUGUAAUGUGCCAGCGCUGUAAUAAGAUGGCAAAAGAAAAUAAGUUAAGGUAAAAGGUUUACAUUUUGUAUGGAAUGUGUUCUAUUAUCAAAUAACAAUUCAAGAUGCAGUUAAUAAAAAUCGUUUUGAAUAAAAUA